AUGCCAACCCGUCCUCUUGCGGCGGCUUACGGGCCGCUGCUCAUGCUGUUGUGCGCCCAGGCGAUGCUUGUCGGCGUGGCGGCCCAGGACUCCCAGGCGGGCGUGCAAGUCGCCAUGCCGCAGGCCUUUCCCGUGCGUUUCUUCGUGGUUGGCGACUGGGGGAGAGCCAGCGACUCGCACCCCAACGGCUACAACCAGACCCGUGUCGCGCAGAUGAUGGCCAAGAAAGCAAACAGCGCCUACGGCAAGCCGCACUUUGUGCUGAGCACUGGAGACAACUUUUACGGCUUUGGGCUGAGGAACCUGAGCGACCCCUGGUUCACACAGAAGUUCACCAACAUCUACAAGGGCCCAGGGCUGCAGGUCCCCUGGUUCGCCGUCUUGGGCAAUCAUGACUACGGCGAGACCAGCUAUUGCACCCCAGAUGAGAUCACCUCCCCUCUGUACCAGCUGGACCCUGCGCUGCGCAAGCGCGACUGGCGCUGGCACGCGUUCCGCGACAGGAAGCUGAGCCUGGCGGGCGGCCAGGUGGAGCUCUUCUUCUGGGAUACCACACCCUCCUCAUCCUACAACUACUAUACCUGCUCCGGAGGCUUCAAGGGCGGCAUUCGCACCCAGAGCUGGCCCAACAACGUUGUGUGGCUCCAGAACCAGCUGGCUGCCAGCAAGGCCUCCUGGAAGCUCAUUGUGGCCCACCACCCGCCCCGCAGCAGCGGGCGCCACGGCGGCUCCUCGGAGGUCAAGUACGCUGUGGAGUCGCUGAUUAGAAAGUACCGGGCCCAGGUCUACUUUGCAGGGCACGACCACGAUCUGGAGCACCUGCACUACCAGAGCUCCAGCUUCUACAAGCCCAACUACCACACCAUCGUGUCGGGCGGCGGCUCCCGGCGCUACACCGAGGGCUUUGGCUACGACGACGGCGUGCCUUCCGACGACUACCCCACAGACCCCUACUCUGUGUGGGGCGCCCUCACCGAUGGCUUUGUGGCUGUCACCCUCAAGGCCCAGGAAAUGGUGGCACAGUUCUACUCCACCGAUUAUAAGAACGGCACCAUGGCUGUGCACGUGGCCCGCAUCCCGCACCUGCUCAAGCCGGGGCCCGACCUGGAUUGA